CGACCUGACGCGGAACAGGAUGAUGACGUCAGAGCGAGCGUCAUCAGUCCGCUGCUGAGGCCUGAUAAAAGAGACCGAGGACAAUUAUAUGUUUCUCUUGCUCUCAGAGUCAAAGAGUUUCUCGUGCAAACGAUAUCUUGACCUUGACGUAACACUUAAGUGUGGAGGGAAGCCAUGUGCAUGUGAUGAGUGCCAGAAGAUUUCCACAAUGAACCUUACUGAACCCAUGAGAAUUCACACUGCGGAGAGUCUCCCAGAAAAACAAAACCUUGAUGGACAGAAGAAAAGCCACUCUCUGGGAAGCUCCUACGAAUGUGAUCAAUGUGGGACGAGAUUCCCAUACAGAGGAAACCUUAAGAAACACAUGAGGACCCACACCGGAGAAAAGCCACACGAAUGCGAUCAAUGUGGGAAGAGUUUCACGCAAAAAGGAAACCUUAAAGUUCACAUGAAAGUCCACACCGGAGAGAAACCUUACACGUGUGAUCAGUGCGGGAAGAGUUUCGCACAUAAAGGAAACCUGAGCAUACACAGAAAAAUCCACAGCGGAGAGAAACCACACACAUGUGAUCAGUGCGGGAAGAGCUUCAUACACAGAACAACCCUCAACAAGCACAUGACCAUCCACACGGGAGAGAAACGGCACACGUGUGCUCAGUGUGGGAAGAGCUACACACAGAAAGGAGGCCUUAAAGAACACAUGAAGAUCCACACCGGAGAGAAGCCAUACACGUGUGACCAGUGCGGCAAGAGUUUCGGAAAAUCAGGCGUUUUUAAGGUACAUCUGCUUUCUCAUUCCAGAGAAAGACUGUAUAGCUGUGAUCAGUGCGACAAGAGGUUUUUUAGGCCAGAUUUCCUGAAGGAUCACCUGAAGGUUCACACCAAGGAGAAGCCUUAUGUGUGUUCUCUGUGUGGAAAGAGUUUUAGUCAGAUGGGAACUCUGAAAUUACACCAGAAAAGACACAGCGGUGUGAAGGAUCACGUUUGCUCUGAAUGCGGGAAAGCUUUUUUUACAGAAGGAGCGCUGAAAGUGCACGGGACGGUCCACACGAGAGAAACGCCUUACAAGUGUUCACACUGUGACAAGAGCUUCAAGCGCUCCGAAUAUCUGAGGAUCCACGAGAGGAUCCACACGGGAGAGAAGCCGUAUCGCUGCCAUUCAUGCGGGAAGACCUUCACUCAUUUCCCUUCUCUAACCGCUCAUAAAAAAAAAACAUGUCUGAAAUAUAUUACAGAGUAGUUUGUUAUAUUGAUAGUUGAGUAAUCAAAGCAACUAAACAACAUGAACAUUUCCUUUUAAUGAAUCAUUUUGUUAUCAUUAUUCAGUUUAAUAUGUAAUAGUUUUCCCAGGGCCUUCCAAGCACGACGGGAUAGAUGGAUAGGAGCUGCUAGCCGCGAGCGUAGACCGUAGACUGUAGUCGUGGAUGGAGGAGUCUGCCAGCUGGAGUUUAAACGGUUCGUCAUGCACAGAUAAAGGAGUAGCUGUUUGGCCGAAUACCUCCCUGAAGUGUCCAGUGAAUUGGGUUUAGGGGGGUGGUGACCACAGGGUUUAGGAGGGUGGUGACCACAGGGUUUAGGAGGGUGGUGGUGACCACAGGGUUUAGGAGGGUGGUGACCACAGGGUUUAGGGGGGUGGUGGUGACCACAGGGUUUAGGAGGGUGGUGGUGACCACAGGGUUUAGGAGGGUGGUGGUGACCACAGGGUUUAGGGUGUUCCUCAGGGCUUCGGGGGUGUUAUAAACAGUGACUGGGAAGUCACCAACUGAUCCAGAUUGAACAGCAACUUCACUGCUGACUGAUCUCUAGCUUUUCUUUGUCCCAGUAUUGUGUUUCCUGAUACACUUUUCCCAGCUUCUGUUUUUUUCCAGUAGGACCACAUAUAAAUGAUUUCUGUCAUUUUAAAGAUGCUUGGUGCUAUAAGACCAAAUGCAGAUGUGUAAUUCACAUCCCAUAAAAUAAGAAAAUAAAGCUCUCUAUUCAGUGUC